CGCACAUAACCUCCAAGCACCUGACCGCCCGGCACAAGCGCGGCGCUUCUGCCGCGACCGGCCGGCCGUGGAUUUGCCACGCCCAUAUUUUCUCCGCGCUCGCUCGCACGCUCGCCAACCGAAUAAAAAAAAGUAUCUCCAUUCAGAGGGAGAGAAAUGUUCUCGUCACGAGCUUUUUUUUUUUCCCCGGCUCCGUUCGAAGUUCAUGCGCGCCGCCAUUUUGUCGUCUUUGCUGACGUAAUCGACGGUAAGAUGGAAAAGUAAAUUCGAGUUCAUCGCUUCGACGCCUAACGUAAACGAGAUUGUUCUCAUUCAUAAUUCAAGACCGUAACCGUCUUGUUAAUUCUUUAAGAAAGUUAGUGAGUGCUGCGAGUACCGAACAUAACCUCAAAAAACUUACCGGCUCCAUGACGUUGAGUGGGUAACGUUUUUAUUUUCGAGUGAAGGUUUUUUUUAUAUUUAUUACUUAUUCAGUUACGAUUUUUUUUUCUUCUGAACGAUGAAUACAAGUACGAACCCACGAGUGGCGUGGCAAUUACCCGACGAAAGGCCGCGGUACGUGGAAGUUUCCACUCGGCAACAAUAGACCGUCGCGGUGAGUGAAACUGACGCCUGCUGCGGUUGUCUCGAGCCGUUCAACGCGUCGUGGGUGGCUGUGCCAGACUGCUCCCCCAACAGAGACGCCUCCAUUAGAAGAAACUCGGCCGGGACGUCUAUUUUCGACCGCCGUCCAGAAUGCAGUGGCGCCGGAAGAGGCGGCUGCUGCACGUCAUCGGCUCGGCCAACCACGCGCUGCUGAUCAAACAAUACAGAGACGAUGGCGGAGCGUGCUCCUGCUGCGAGGAGGACGUCGACAUGGAGGGCGACGCGGCCUCGCCCGGCGGCUCGUACGCGCGCGCUGCCAACGGCGGCGGCGCGAACCACAACCACAACAACCACCACCACAACCACCGGCUGCCGCGCGGCUUCAAGGGCCGGCCGCCGGGUCACCGGGGCGGCUACCACGACGGCCAGCCGCUCGUCACCACUGAGAAGAAGACCUUCAACGAGGAGGAGUACACCAAGAUAACGACGCCGCGCCAGGACGUGCUCUUCAAGAAGGGCUACCUGGGCCGCAAGCGGCCGACGCCCGCCCCCGAGCCCGCCGCCACCGCCGCCACCGCCGCCGCCCCCGCCGACGUCACGAACGGCAACCUGCGGCCCGACGGCAGCGUCGUGCAGAACGGAGAGCCUCUGGACAACGACCAGGGAUACGAGGUGAUAGCCCCGGACGAACAGCCCCAGAUCAUCUACACCAACGGCUACGUGGACCACAGCGGCAUAUACUACAUCAACGGCGGCUACGAGCUGUACGACCCCUACUCGGGCGGCGUGACGGUGGUGGUGGGGCCGGCGCCGCCCUUCCCCGGGCCCGGGGGCGGCGCUCCGGUGCUGGCGGCGGUGCCCUGCCGCCCGCUGCCCCUGCAGCCGCUCGAGUGGUUCAACCCCGCCUUCGUGCCGUUCGUGCCCGCCCCCGCGCCGCCCCCGCCCCACGACCCGGGCAAGAGGUUCUCCGUCGACUCGCAGAACUGCAGCCCGCAGAGCUCGGAGUCUACGGGGCCCCCCGGCAGCCCCCAGGAGUGCGAGGACGGCUGGGAGCCGCCCCAGUACCUGCCGCCCCCCUUCCAGCCGCAGGGGCACUCCGCCCCCGCUCCGGACCCCGUGCAACACCACCAUCACCACCAGCACCACCAGCCGCACUACGUCUACCCCGGCUACAUGUUCGGCCCGCCCGUCUACAACGUCAACGGUGUGACGGUGCAAGGCGCGCCGCCCCCGCCGCCCCCGGGGGACCCCGCCGCCGCCGCGGCCAGCAAGCGACGCAAGAAGAAGCGCAGGAGGCGGCGGCGCCGAGGCGGGGCUGAAGAUGGCUCUGAGGAAUCGAGCUCGGAGGAGAAGGAGCUGGAGGAGCCUAUGAGCAUCACCAGUCAGGAGUCUUCGUCGCAGGAGUUGGAGUCCGACUCGAAGCAGAGCCCCACAGCAGAGCAGGACGCUGCUGCCCCUGCACCCCAGGGCACCGGCGAACAAGGGGACGCGGUAAUCGUUGUUUGCGCGGGAGACACGCUCGCGGAACCGGCGGCGUCGGAGCGGGGACCGGCGAAGACGGGCGGCGAGGGGCAAGAGCAGAGGAUAGUCCCCGGCGAGGUGCCCCUUGUCAACGGGGCCUCGCACUCGGACAGCUCAGACACGCCCUGCACGAGACGGGUGUCGGAGGAGAUAUCGACGACUCCGCCAACACCCCCGCCAUCACCGAUACCUGCAACAACGGCACAAGAAUCUCCGCCAGGUGUCCACGUGAACGGUUAUGGUUCGGAUGCCUUGACGGAAAGCGUUGCUACUAAAACUAAAGCGGUCGAGAAGAAUAUUGCUGAGCCCCCAUCUCCUUCGCCUACUAAAGAAACUGUAAAUAAUGCUGCUAAUAAGAUAAAAAGUGGGAAAAUUUCACAUGACCCAAAGAAGAAACAAGAAACGAAAAAGCCAAACUCAAACUCGAAAAACCAAUGCAAUGGAAAUGUGAAUGUGAAGUUGUCUGGGGGGAAAGUUCGCAAAGAGAAUAAACAACGCAACCUUCAAAACGGCUAUCUUCCAAAUUUGACUUUGAAAAUGGAUGGGAACGAGAAUGCAGGUUUGUGUAGGGACCAAGUAGAGAAAACUUCACAAAUGAAGGUAUCAGAAUCUUUAGGAACUAAACCAAACUGUUUACAGCACGAGUCAGUUACAACUGAAUUUCAUAACAAAACAUUAAAAAUAGAUAAGGGCACUGAAGAGAGCUGCACUGAAAGUAAAGAGUCUGUACCACCUAACUGUCAAGUGAUAGGACAGAAGAUAACCACUGAUAAAUCUGAAAAGAAUUAUCCUCCAAACAAACCUAUCAGGAAAGACCUCUGUAAACCUACAAAGUCUUCAUCAGCAUCUGUGACAUUACCUUUACGCCCUGAACUACCUGAAAGUAUUCAAACUGUUCCUGAACCAAAAUGUAUGGAAGCAGAUGAGUCGAAAUCUUCCAGCAUCCUCGAAAAUGCCUACAAAACUUUAAGAGAGGAUGAUUGCAAAGAAUCCUUAGAGGUUUCAGCUUGCCCAGCUAAGCAACUGAAAACAGCACACAUGAAUGAAAAUGUAAAAUUUGAAACACAUUUCAAACUGGAAGAAAGCAAUGGUGUGACGGACGUUCAGGAGGAGAAAUGCACACCCAGUGCUUACCGUAGUCACUUGGCUGGUGUUGUGAAUGCUUCCAGCACAGAGGACGAGAGAGAGGCAGAGCCACCCCCUGUACCGCCGCCUCGGAGGAAGAGAUGGAGAACCUCCGCGCGGCGACAGUCGUCGGAGCGUGCCCCCACGCCGGGCCGCGAACUGGACGUCUGCGCGGACAUCCCCGAGGGCGUCUCGGACGAGAGCUCGCUGAGCAGCAGCACCCAGAGCGAGGAGUCUGUGAUAGAGUUGCUAUCUUCCAUGCCCACCAGUCCCGACGUCGAAGCAAAGACACGGUCGUCGGAGGACGACGACCUCAUAUACGCCAGGAGACCCGUAGGUAAACUUGAAAUCCUUGAAAUGCUUGGAACAGAGGAGUCCUUCAAGACGGAGAUGACAUCGGUCGAGAUGGCGAAGUUCGCUGACGUACUCUCUCGAACAAUUGUUUCAGAGGCUGUGGAGGAUGCAGUUCUGGAAUGUUCCAAAAACACCCGUCCCAUCACUCACGCUGUGACAAGGUGGCUAAGGAGCCAAUCUCCCGAAGAGGUACUGUCCUUACCCUCACGUGAGCACUCCGAGAGUGAACUGGACGAUACUGAUGUUUCAGGCGGAAGCAUGGAGGACAUUGCCGAUGUAAGGCAGAAGGUAAAGACCGGUCCAAAAAACGUGCAUCGCAACCCUUUGCCUGCACCAUCUCCUAAGAUCAGUUUCAAACUGAAAAAUGUUAAUAGCAUGGAUGGUACAGGUAGAAGGGUUGCAAAAAAAUCCGGAUACAAAGUUAAACUUGAUAAAAAGACUGCAAAAGAUACUAAUAAUAAAGUUAACCUUAAAGUUUUAGAAGGCUGCGAUCAAAGCCAUUAUGAUGAAAAGAUGGAACAAAAUAAGUUACCAAAGAAUAAUGCGUGCAGAGAAAAUGUGUCCAAAGUACAAAUGGAUGUUGUCGAGGGAAGUUUCUCGAGCGAUUUGUCCGAGUGCGAAGGAGAAUGGGAUCUGUGGGAGUGUGGAUCUACGAAACCGUCCCCCCUGACAGCACCAAACAAUAUAAAUGAGUUGAGCUUUCCGAAUGAGUCGCCCGAAGAUCGACGGACGACCAUGUGCGAUCCGGCUCUUUCGGUGGCGAAGUAUUACAGCUUGGGCGUCGCAGUCAAGAGUGCCGUCCGACCGGAGGAGAGCAGCGACACGGCGUCGGAAUACGACUCGGAGGUGGAUGCGCUGCAUCACUUCAGGAACGAAAUGGAAGAGCCAGAGUCGCGACACCCAUCUCUGGCCUCUGAGCUCGCGCGCUCCUACGAACCACUUCCAAAACACUGGGCAGUCGAUCCCGUCACGGUGACGAAUGGCAAACUAAAUUCCUCCUUCCAGAAGAGGUACCUUCCGGACUCCGGGGUGCAGUCGGAGGAUUCCGGAGACGAGGUUACGAUAGGGUCCAAUGCUCAACGAAUGAACUUCAAGGCUAAUCUGUUACAUCAUCAGUCUGCUAUACUGAUGAGCCGUCUGCAGGGAGAUGGGCCUUUCCCCUGCGGGGGAAUAUGCUGCAUUCUUCAGUGACGUCUGUCGUGUGCAGAGUGUGAGCGGUGUUGGUUUCCAGGUGGCCGGGACUGCGCGCUUGAUCCUUCUGUGUUGUUGUGCUGUGUCUGGCGUUGAACAUGGGCAGAUACAUUAUGAUACUUGAUAAUGUUAAGUUUGAUCACAUUACUGACUAUAAUGUUAAGAAAGCGUGAGACUGUGAAGCAAUACUUGCACAACUGCUGAAUGCAGGAUGUUGUAUUUUAAUGUGUACAGUAUGCCCUGCUACAUAUGCAUUUAGGUGCAUGGCAAAAUAAAAAAUAAAAAAUACCAAAUGCUAAUAAGCAAGAUCUAUAUAAUAUUAUUGUCAUUGAUGCAUGUUGUUACCGUGGUUAUCAUCAAAUAUAUCAUCUAUUUUCAAGUUAAUUUUAUGAUCAACAUUGUUGAAAAUACUUUUUUUAAUAGAGUAAGAAAUGGUGUUAUUUUCAAAAUGUUAUUGUAAGCAUUUAAUAUAAAACAUUUAAAAAAAAUUGCAAAGGAAAGGUUGUAAUCUUUUUUAAAAAGAAAAAUUUCUUGUUACCUUGGUUAUGGUUGCUCUUAUCAAUAAUAAAAGUUGGAAAACAUAUAUUUAUGAUGGUUGAAUAUGGAUGAACAAUUAUAGGUAUUUAGAAUAGGAUAUAGUGGCUGUGUGUGUUUAUUUUCAUUUAAGUUUAAAUUUGAUUAUGUAUAUGAAUGUUUUAUCUCGAACCAUUAACAUUUUUGAUUGCUCAUUCUGAUGGUAUUAAGGAAUGGUAGGUUGUUACUAUUUUUGUGUAUUUUUAUUUUAUCAAUCUAAUAAAAUUUUCAUGUAAACCGUUUUCAAUCAGUUAACCGAAGUGUUUGAAUAUAAUACUAAGCUUAGCUCAAGUAUUAUUAUUUAAUGAUCAAUUGCUGAAAUGUUUUUGUUCCUUUAUUUCUAUAUUAUUGUAAAUGAUGUACAUUUUAUGACAAUAUCAAAAAUAUUUUGAUUUGGGCCAUGGAUCCUGUAGUUUAAUAAUUGAACACAUUACUUCAUUCUGUAUUUCAUUUGUGACUUUUUAUUUACUAACUAUUUAAUUUGUUUAAAAGUUUAUAUUUUAUAUGUUAUGUUUAUUGUUUAUGUUAUAAAUAAAUAUUUGUGUAAGAUUUAACUAUGAAAACUGUGGUAAUCAAAUGGUGCGAGCACAUCUAAAGAUGUUCUUUAGAGGACUGCAGAGCAUGUCUCAUUCUCGAAACAUUGCUUAAGUAAAAAAAAAUAAUAGUGGAAAUAUAUGUGUACCCACUUAACCAUUACUUUUGAAUUGGUAAUUUACGUUUGUCUUUAAACUUCAUCAUCCUGCAAUUUUUUUUACUAAAAACAAAGGGUAGUGAUUUUCUUUCUCCAGUUGAAUAUAAAUAGAAAAUUUAAAAAUGUAGCCAAUAUUUAUUUAUUUUUAUUUUCCUGGCUUAAAGUUGGUUGUAAUUCAAAAUAAAUAGAUUGCAUGAAUUUUUUAAUAAAUUUUUGUGAAAUGAAAAAUGCUUUCAGAGGUGUUUGUGCUUUGUUUAUUGUGUUGAUACAUGUAAAAUUCAAAUUUAAUAUUUGUGCACGAAUGACACAAUUUGCAAUACUUAAAAGACAGUUUUGAUUUUCUGAAUGUAUUAACUGAGUUCUUGGUCUGUCUAUGUCUGUUUUUGUGCGCUGCAUAACAUAGGAGAAGAAGAAUAAUAGCAUUGCUUUAAUCAACUGAGGUUCAUUUCGUAAAAUAAUUUAUACACAUCUGUAAAAUUAUCAUUGCAGUGGUAAUUCUAAUAUUUUGUAUGCCAGAAAAGGAUCAGACUUUUUAAGUAGAAGUAUUGUGCCACUAAAAUUAAUUUUCAACCUGGUUAAUUUUUCCAUGAAAGGAUAGAGUUUGACAACAUUAUAGAAAAUAGGCCUAAUAAUGCAAGUAAGUAUGCAGUUGAUGUUGUAACAUAUUAGCUAAAGUAAAUUGUGAUGUUGUAAUAGCAUUAAACAAGCAAGAGCAUGUGUAAAUUGAAAUGCAUAGUUCAUUUGAUUAAAUUUUCAUUUUUUAAAAAUUGAAUAAAAAAAUAAAAACAGA